AUGGCCCUCGUGGAGUUGUGGAGCUCGGUGCUCAUUCUAAGCACUGUCCUUUUCACAUGGCAGUAUCUGGAGAUACGGAAGAGCAGGAAUGCUCUGCGAAACAUCCCUGGCUCCGCUCCCGCAUCGUUUUUGAAAGGCAGGCUAUCUGCUCGGACUAUAGGGCAGCCAAUCACUAAUGCGAAACUCACAGACUUUCAGCGUCACUUGGCUUUCGACUACGCCCCAGUUGCUAAGCUGUAUAGCAUGUUUGGCCGGCCAAUGCUGUAUGUGUCUGACCCCAAGGCAUUGCACACUAUCAUGAUCAAGGACGAGCCCUCGUUUCCGGAGCCGGCUUCGUUCAUCUGGCUCAACUACUUGCUGUUCGGGCGCGGAUUGCUUGCUACUUUAGGAGACAAACAUCGAAGGCAGCGUAAACUCCUUAACCCUGCUUUCUCUAUCAACCAUAUGCGUCACAUUAUCCCGAUUUUCUACAACGUGGUGCACAAGCUUAGAGACGGAAUUAAGAAGCAAGUGGUCAGCGGGGCUGAAGAAAUUGACAUGCUGAAUUGGAUGGGUCGCACCGCGCUAGAGUUGAUUGGUCAAGGUGGGCUCGGGUACUCCUUUGAUCCUCUCGUCGAGGAUAUGCACAACGAGUACGGCCACGCUCUAAAAACCCUGCUUCCGAACCUGGUCAAACUUCCCGUAGUACGGCUCAUGCUGCCUUAUCUCACCAAAAUAGGGCCCCCUGCCUUCAGACGCUUCGUCAUAAGCCUCGUGCCGGACAACGAUGUGCAGAGAAUCAAGUCCAUCGUUGACACUAUGGAUUUCCAGUCACGGACAAUAUUCGAGAAGAAGAAAACCGCUCUUCUUCAAGGCGACGAAGCCAUCUUGCAGCAAGUCGGAGAAGGCAAGGAUAUCAUGAGUAUUCUGAUGCGCGCGAAUGCUUCCACCUCCGAGGCCGAUAGGCUUCCCGAGGACGAGAUCAUUGCUCAGAUGUCAACUCUUGUCUUUGCUGCCACAGAUACCACUUCAAACACCCUGUCCCGUAUCUUGCAAAUAUUGGCAGAGCAUCCUGAUGUACAGGAAAAAUUACGUGCUGAGCUACUGGAUGUACAUGCAGGGGAAGGGCUAUCAUAUGACGACCUUGAUCAGCUACCUUUACUUGAUGGUGUGUGUCGGGAGACAUUGCGAUUAAAUCCUCCAGCUCAGUUCGUAACCCGUGUCGCGACGCGGGACACAAUUGUUCCUCUGGCCGAGCCCAUUUGUGGAAAUGAUGGCAGCAUGAUCACCGAAAUCCCCGUGGUUAAAGGGACGGAGGUCAUUAUCGGCAUCCUGGGCUGUAACGCCAGCAAAGAACUUUGGGGCGAAGAUGCACACGAAUGGAAGCCUGAGAGGUGGCUCUCUCCCCUUCCGGGAAAGGUCACGAAGAAUACGAUUCCUGGUGUAUAUGCUAAUCUGAUGACAUUCAUCGGUGGCAAGAGGGCGUGCAUCGGUUUCAAAUUCUCUGAGAUGGAGAUGAAGGUUGUCUUGUCGGUGCUACUGCCUAACUUCACUUUCGAGUUGACAGACAAGCCUAUUGUAUGGAAUGCCGCCGGCGUACGCUAUCCUACGGUGGGCAGCGUAAGCAAUAGGCCCCAGAUGCCGCUGAAGGUGCGGUUGUAUGGGGGCGUAACGGCAUAG